ACGUCACUGUGCAAAUCGCACGAAAAUUUGGCAUUUCCUCGUUCGGGCAGUUCGGGUAUUUGCCGCGGACGGUUGAUGUUUGUGCCAUGAGGAAAAAGCGCAUUAGUAGUGUUCGCUUCGCAUCGUUCGCUUGUGUGCUGCUGUGGUGCCGGUGCUAGACAGAAUGGAGCACGUAACCAAGAUUAAUGAAGAACUGUAUAUGACAACUACGAAAGCGCCGGUAAACAUCGCUGUAAUCAAAUACUGGGGUAAAACCAACGAAGACCUUAUAAUUCCUGCGAACGAUUCUCUCAGCCUAACGUUGAGCACUGAACACUUGUGUGCAACAACUACAGUAGCAGUUGGAAAGAAAUUUAGGGAGGAUAGAAUCUGGCUCAAUGGAAAAGAGGAAUCCGCACAUUCACCAAGACUGCAGAACUGUCUUCAUGAAAUUCGCAAGAAAAGCCAGUACCAGCACGUACAAGACUUUCCUGACUGGGCAAAUUGGAAUGUUCACAUGUGCUCUGUAAACAAUUUUCCAACAUCUGCAGGGCUGGCAUCAUCGGCUGCUGGUUAUGCAUGCUUAGUGCAGUCGUUAGGAACGCUCUUUCAUAUUGAAGGGGACCUCUCUGGGAUUGCACGGCGAGGUUCAGGUAGUGCCUGCCGAAGCAUGUGUGGUGGCUUUGUGGCUUGGGUAAAAGGGACCCACCCUGAUGGCUCAGAUUCUGUGGCAAGGCAAAUUGCUUCUAGUGACCAUUGGCCACAAAUGCGGGUCAUUAUUCUUGUGGCAAGUGAUGCAAAAAAAGACACAUCAAGUAGUCAUGGGAUGGCAAGAACAAUGGAAACAAGCUCUUUGAUAAAAGAAAGAGUCAGCAAUGUUGUGCCACAGCGCAUGAGAGAUAUGACAGACGCUAUCCUUCAACGAGACUUCAACAAAUUUGCGGAAAUUACGAUGAAGGAAAGUAAUCAGCUGCAUGCGGUCUGCCUGGAUAGCUAUCCACCUAUCCGUUAUAUGACCUCUGCAUCAUGGGAUGUUGUCAACCUUGUGCAUCGUUACAACCAAUUCUGUGGCACUAACAAGCUUGCAUACUCUUUUGAUGCUGGUCCAAAUGCCUGCCUUUUUCUGUUAGAAGAAUCGCUCCCAGAGGUGCUUGCCCUUGUUGAAUAUGCGUUUCCAACGAGUAGAAAAGCGGAUUUUUUCCAAGGCAGACCAGCAGUUAUUGGUAAGAUGUCACAGGAGCUUUUGGAGUACAUGGCCAUCAAUCCACAACAGGAUGCCAUCAAGUUUGCAAUUGUCACACACGUUGGUCAUGGACCGGAGCCAGUGGAUGAGGCACACCUCCUGGACAUUCAUGGUUAUCCAAAGUGAGCGUAACACAGUGGCUCAUGCAGGAGACCUAUCAUCAAAAACAAGUCUUACUUUUGUGUUCAUAUUAUUUUUUAAAAGAAUGAGCCUCUUUGAGGACAUCACUUGACAUUACUUAACAACCUAAUAUAAUGAUCAAGGUUAGUUUUAUACUUAUGUGAUGCAAUGCUAAAGCUUGCAAUGCUAAAGCUUGCAAAACUUAUCAGGCUACUGACAUGUACACUGUCCACUUAAUUUUGGAGUAUUGAGUGAGUGUGCACACCCUUAGUGGAUCUUGGCAGCAUGACAAAGCCACUGGCUUGUGUGUGUGUGUAAUUAAUGAAGCAGGUCACUGAAAUCUCUAACAACAAAAUUUUAUGUUUGAGGAUCUGGCAACUUUGAGUGAACACUUAGGAGAAUUAUGCUUUCACAAUAUAUCACAGGAUUAAUCAUUUUCAUCAUUUUCUUUGAGUGGAAACGUUUCUGGCAUGCUCUCUCAGCACUAUUGGCACAGUGCCUGACUGAUAUAGUAGCCGAGUGAGUCCGAUGAUAGACGCAACAAGUUCUGCAAAUGUGAAACUAUCUCCAGAAGUGAUUGUCCAAGAUUAUUAUCCCAGAUAACUUGUUCACGAACUAACCAACAUCAGGUCACUGGCAGCCUGUUGUACUGAUAAUGCUUUUACCUGACUGGACAGUGUUUUGUCAAGCUCUUAAAACAUGUCGAUGUGUCUAAAAAGACCAUGUUCAUUCAUUGUUAUGCAAGCACUGGAGCACUGUGAAGUUUUCUGUGUUGUCUGCUACAUUUAUAUUCCCUUCAUAUAUGCUGUAAAAUUUGGCUGAAAAACUUGUGCUUAAAAUAAAAAUAACAAAGGUGCAAUGCCAGCAGUUUAUCUGA